UUUCUCGACUUGCAAGUUGAUGGUGACCCCCUCAAUGCGCCCCAUUCUGGGGAGACAUGCCGCUCCUCGUUGUGCACACGAAGAGGUUGUUCAUAUUGGAACAGGACGAUGAUUGGUGGACGUUACGUGGCACGAUUUAGUCGAAGAACACGCGAAAAGGCAACCAACCCUUGUUCACGUCGUCUUUCGUGUCCCCAGUCCAAGCCGGACGCUUGCUCUCCGCCGCGGCUAGCUUGCCAUCUGCGCACCGGUCCGCAGUCGCGCGCGCGUGUGUCCUGCCACCGCCUGUGUUGGCGACCUCCAUGCAUACCGUGAGUCAAGUUCCGACGGCCUGGUCUCAGUGCAAAGAUGCUGUCAUGCAAGUGGCACACACGUCGACGACGACGUGCCAGGCUUGUGAAACCAAGAUCUCGAGCGGCCAACUGCGACUGGGAGUCAUGUAUCUGCACGUGGAUGGGUUCAUGCUGGUUGAGUGGAUUCACCUGUCGUGCCAGCCUUGGCUCGUCACGGCCUUCGAUACCAUCAGCUUCAUCGACCGCGGGUGUCUGAACGGCGAUCAAGCGCAGAGCAUUCGACAAUGGCUCACGAGUUGCCAGUGCCAACUCACAGAAAGUUCAGCCAGCGACAUCUUGGCAUUGGAGGCAUGGAAUGCUGUCGUCCCCAUGACCUCGUCGUUGUAAACAAACCCAAUGAGUGUUCAUUCGCGUCUGUGUUCGACGUGCUCCAGCGUCCGUUGUGCCCUUUCAUGGGCGUCCCAACUUCGACCUUGAUUGCAGCUUAC